AUGUGGCAGACGUGCGCAGAAAACGAAAGAAUAAUUUUUUGUCACGUCUGUGUGUUGGCAGCUGGCCGCUCUGAAAACAAGAAGGAAAACGGCUGCGGUCAAGGCGAGAGGCGCCGCACUUCCUGUGGUUUCGCUCAACCGGCGGAGAGACUUCGUGUGCGCUCGUCGCUGUACUGGGACUGUUCUGCGUGCGACGCGCGCUGCGUGUGUCGCCACCUCAGUCAGCCUCGACAGCCGACGACGCGUCCAGCGGGCGUAGCUGCGUCGCCGCUGGCUCUGCUGGCAUCAAACGGGGCGUCCGUGCUGGACUGCGUCUGCAGCCACGUCGGCCGCGGUGAGGGAGAGGUGUUUUCCUGCAGCUGUCAGCGCAGGGACCUCGACACGCCUAGCAUCGCGGUGCCGGUUGUGGCGCGCCUGGCACAGAGUAGCUGGUGUCACGGACCACCGUCGCCUGCAGAGGGAGACCAGCAGCCCACAGACGAGGAGGGUCACGGCGGCGCCCUGGUGGCUGUUCGCGGCAGCGUCUGGACCUCUGGCAGGGGACUCAGCGGUGGCCUCGCGUGCCUUGUCGCUGCCGACUGCACCAACCCCUGCUCCGUGCACGGCUGCGGCCGACGUGCCUGCAGACGCAAUCCAGCACGGAGGCCCCGUUUGAUGCAAGCAGAGCCAGCGGCGCCGCAGCUACGCCCGCUGGACGCGUCGUCGGCUGUCGAAGCUGACUGAGGUGGCGACACACGCAGUGCGCGUCGCACGGAGAACAGUCCCAGUACAGCGACGAGCGAAGCGGAAGUCUUUCCGCAGGAUGAAUAAACCACCGGAUCUCAGUCUCAUUCAUUUUUCCUUUCAGAAUGAUCUGCUGCCAACACACAGUCGUAACAGAAAAUUAUUCGUUAGUUUUAUGUGUACUUACUUAUACUCUACGCUUUCAGAACGACAACGACUUCAACUAAAAGUUUUGUGGACCAUGUCCAGAAAUUAUGGUUUACUAUUCCGAUACCAAAAUCGUCAGGCCUGCCCUUCCUUUGCAUGAGCCGAAGGAUUAGGACCACUGCCCAGCGCGAGACAGAAUGCCAGGAGGAGGGGCUGUGGGAACGUGACGCGCUGAGGAGUGUGCAGAGUCGCAGCAGAGAAGAAUGUGGAGUAAUUCUAGAAAUGGCCAGGGCUGCAAAGUGGGAAAACAGUUGACACAUGCGACUCUGACACAGCACAGAGUGUUAUUAGCCGAUGCAUGGGAAUGGAACUGGUUGGAGGACAGAGAAACCACAGGAAGGAGACAAGGUGUUGGUAGGGGACGCCUUAUCGCAGGUUGUGGAGGUCAAAAUCUUGCCCGCUCUGUAGUGCAGGAUUGGCGGUGAUCUGUGGCCAAGCUGACGGCAGAGCACAACCCUGGUGCUGACGACCCUUACCUGUUACCGUGGUGGUACGACGACAUCGUCAGCUGCGACUGCAGAGAGUACACUGAGUUUGAACAGUAGAUCAAUGGAAACCCGUCUCCAGAUAAACAGAUUUCUUUGAUACGCUAGAUCGGUGGUCGUGUUGCUGAUACGCCAUCAUCCACGCGAGCAGCUGCAGCAGACCCCAGACGUGAGUCGGUGGGGAAAGUGUUAUGCGUGACCUGUGCGCAUAUGUCUGCUGCUGUACACCUCCGUAAACCUACCGUGGGUUUGUCGAAGACAUGCCAUCCUGAAUGCCGGCUGUAUUGCGUUCCACAGAUGGACCAUGUCUCAUACAUUUACACAUGGUUAAAAUAUUUGAUCGGCUUGCUUACGAUUUCGUGGGAUUUGGAUUCUAUAACACCAACACUUCAUGCUACUCAUCAGUUUCAAUAGUUCAUAAAUAAUGUUUUAUUUCUAUUUCCCACAUAAUUUGUUAAUAUUGAUGUUAACUUGUAAUUUAGCAUUUAAUAUGUACAUUUUCUGUAUGUGAAUUGUAAACUGUGACAUAUUGUAUAGUGUAUAUAUUAUUCGUCCGUUUUGUUACAGUCCUAGAUACAUUUUUUUUUCUCAAACUCAAUCAAUAGAUGCGAGUUGCUGUUUUUUUGAGUCUUACGAUACCAUUUUUGUUUUCAUUUGUGCAGUACCUCAUUUUUUGCACAUGAACAUGGGUUUUUAUUGUACUCAUCCAUUAUAUCUGGUUUUUAUCCUAUGUCACAUUUAUAAGAAUAUUCGGUAUGCUUUCUAUGUACAAGUAUGGGCAGCCUAGAAAUCCAGGAAAGUUGGUAAUCUUAACGAACGAAAAUGAAUGAGAUGUUACAUCUUGUAAACUGAAAACAAUUUAAUGAAAUAAAUUAUUGUAAGAACUCUAGUUUCGUUGAGACCAUCACAAAAUCACAGAGAAUAUUUUGUUUUAGUGACUGAAGAUAUACACUGAAGAGCCAAAGAAACUUGUACACCCGACAAAUACAUCGUGUAGGGCCCCCGCGAGCACACACAAGUGCGGCAGCAAGGCGUGGCAUGGUCUUGACUAAUGUGUGAAGUAGUGGUGGAGGGAACUCAAAUCAUGAAUCCUGCAGCGCAGUCGAUAAAUCCGUAAGAGUACGAAGGGGCGGGGGGGGGGGGAGAUCUCUUCUGAACAGCACGUUGCAAGGCAUCCCAGAUAUGCUCAAUAAUGUUCGUGUCUGGGUAGUUUGGUGGCCAGCGGAACUGUCCAAAGUCAGAAGAGUGUUCCUGAAGCCACUCUGUAGCAAUUCUGGAUGUGUAGGAUGUCGCAUUGUCCUGCUGGAAUUGCCCAGGAAUGCACAAUGGACAUGAAUGGAUGUAGGUGGUCAGGACGCUUACAUAUGUGUCACCUGCCAGAGUCGUAUCUAGACGUGUCACGGGUCCCAUAUCACUCCAACUGGACACGCUCUAGACAAUUACAGAACCUUCACCACCUUCAACAGUCCUCUGGUGGCACGCAGAGUCCAUGAAUUGAUGAUGUUGUCACCAUACCCGUGCACGUCCAUCCGCUCGAUAGAAUCUGAAACGGGACUCAUCCGAUUAGGCAACACGUUUCCAGUCAUCAACAGUCCAACGUCGGAAUUGAAGGGCCCAGGUGAGGUGUAAAGCUUUGUGUUGUGCAGUGAACAAGGGUACAAGAGCGGGUCUUCGGCUCCGAAAGCCCAUAUCGAUGAUGUUUCGUUGAAUGUUUCGCACGCUGACACUUGUUGAUGGUUCAGCACUGAAAUCUGCAGCAGUUGGGGGAAGGGUUACACUUCUGUCACUCUAUCUUGAGUCGUCGUUGGUCCCGUUCUUGCAGGAUCUUUUAGCGGCCCCAGCCAUGUCGGAGAUUUGAUAUUUUACCGGAUUCGUGAUAUUCACGGUACACUCGUGAAAUGGUCGUACGGCAGAAUCCCCGCCUCAUCGCUACCUCGGGGAUGCUUUGUACCAUCGCUCGUGCACCGACUAUAACGCCACGCUGAAACUCAUUUGAACCUUGAUAACCUGCCACUGUAUCAGCAGUAACCGAUCUAACAACUGCGUCAAAACUUGUUUUAUGUAGGCGUUCCCGACCGCAGCGCCGUAUUCUGCCUGUUUACGUACCUCUGUAUUUGAAUACGCUUGCGCAUACCGGUUUCUUUGGCGCUUCAGUGUAUAUUGGUACAGGGGGAAACAUUGUUCUCCGAAAUAUUUUACGGGAUUAUUAAUUUAUACACUGCACACGUUGGAUUCACAAACUAUACAGCGAAGUAUGUUAUAGUAUAUACUACAUUAUACAGGGCUAUACUACACGAUAAAACCGUUGGAAUCGACUGUUCAACGUGGAUGACCUAUAACUGUGAAGUAAAACUACAUAAUAUAUUUAUAUUUCAAAUCACAA